GGUAUGGGAAUGACCUUGGGUGGACCUCCCCUCUCAAUUAUCUCACAAUUGAGACAAAAGAAACACAUCACCUCCCACCCCAAUCAAGUAGUUCGGCCAGCACCAAGGAGGAAGGGAAAGAAGGCUCUGAAACUUCAUCUCCCAUAGCCAAAAUUCGAGCUCAAGUUUGAGUGCUCAAAGGAGGAAGAUUAGAGAGGGAAAAAGUUGGGAAAAGUGUGAAUAAUUAAGGUAUUUCAAGAGCUUUCACAAAGUUGAAAGAGUCGCCGGAGUUGUCACCGGAGUUCGUUAAAAGUCGCCGGAGUUUCGCCAGAGUUCAACCAAGGAGGGUAGGACUUCAUAGCGCUAAUUCGAGACCCGGAUCGAGUCCCUCCGUUUCGAUGUGGUAUCUGGUCACACCAAAUGCAUAGCGGAGGAUAUAAAGAGCAGCGUCAUGUCCGUCGGCAAGUAUUACAUUGUCAACCCCGACGAUGCCCUCCCUUUGCCCGACUCUCAUAAACUCACCGUUCGGGUGACAUCUCCACAUGGAAAUAACUAUCACUAUGGAAACCAAGUGACAGAAGGCAACUUUGCAUAUCACACGGCGGAAGCUGGGGAUUACAUGGCUUGUUUCUUUGCCGUUGACCACCUGCCCUCUGCUACAUUGACCAUUGACUUUGAUUGGAAAUCAGGCGUCUCCACCAAGGAUUGGACUAGUCUUGCUAAGAAAGGCUCCAUUGAAGCAAUGGAAUUGGAGUUGAAGAGAAUGUAUGAAACUGUCAACUCCAUCCACAGCGAGAUGUUUUAUCUACGUGAAAGAGAAGAAGAAAUGCAGGAGCUUAACCGAACAACCGACUCCCAGAUGGGGUGGCUGAGCGCUGUCUCGCUAUUGAUAUGCCUCUCUGUGUCUGGAAUCCAAAUGUGGUACUUGAAAACCUUUUUCGAAAAGAAGAAGCUUAUCUAAUCUUAUUUUUUGUUUUGUAGGAUGUACAAUACAAGUCAUUUUUUGAUCCAUACCCAUGUAAUUCACAUAUACUCACUACAUACAUUGUAUAUUAUUGCUAUUAUUAUAGGGUUUUUUUUCUCACAAAUACUACUUUCGAAUUGUAUCUAAAAAAAUUAAUGAUAAACAC